CGUCCACCUCCUACAGCUUCCACUGCUGCUGAGAAAACCGAAAGAACAGAUCCGAAUGCCGAAAAUGCUGACCCGAAAAGACCGGCAACGGCUCGAAUAAGCGAGGCUGCUCUAAAAGAUAAAGCCAGCUACAUUCGGUUAAAUAGGCUUGUAAGAGAGAAAAAUAGCCAAGUGGCUGAGCUGCAGUAUGAAAUUGAAAGACUCAACGGGUUACUUCACGAUCUCCGAUCCCAGCUGGAAACAAAAACUUCUUCGAUGCGCGAGCUUGAAAGCGAACUGCGAAGUAUUCGAGAACAUGCCGAUGAUGCUCAUUACUUAGGAAAAAUUGAGUUAAUUAGCAAGCAGCUAUCGGUGGUUGAAGCUGAAAAUGAGGUCCUCAAAGAGGCCAACGAGCGGCUGGUAAAACAGUCCCUCUCCAUGGAGUUUGAUGAAAGCAUGAAGGAACAGAUAGAGCUCAAGAGGCAAAUAUCACUGCUGGAAGAGAGAUUGAAGGAAGCCGAACAGAAACGAGCGAAGACGGAGCAGAAGCUCAGAAAAGAAAAAAGAGCUGUAAAGAGCUUGAAGGAGAGGGAACGCUCGCCUAAAGGGGCAGCGAUCAUUCAAAGAGAGCAGCUGAAGAGCGAAGAAACAGAGGAUGAUGAAAGUGAAAGACAUGUGAAACAAAAAGAGAGCUCAACAAGGAAGAAGAAAAAGAAGAAGGUUGGUCUUUGA